UAUGUCUUCAGUCAUUCUCUCCGCACACUGUUGGGAUACAUUGUAAUGGCAAAAACCUCGCUAUAAAAUGGCAAGGCGAGGAGAAGAUGCCUCAACCCAAGGUGAAGCUGGUGGUGACAGGAGAUGAUUUUGGGUACUGCGAGAGAAGAAAUCAAGGGAUUGUGGACUGCUUCAAAACUGGUGGGAUCUCCAAUGUCUCCCUUCUGGUCAAUGCAGUCUCAGCGGAGCACGCGGCAGACCUGGCCAAAAGGAAUCACAUCCCCAUUGGACUCCAUGCGAAUCUUUCAGAGGGUCUUCCAGUGUCUCAGGAUCUAAAGGGCUCAACGCUCCUCAACAAGGAUGGAUUCUUCCAUGGCAAGAUGGGCUUCUGGGAAGUUUUGCAGUGUGGUCGGCUCAAGAUGUCAGAGGUGGAGGCGGAGCUCAGAGCCCAGGUAAAUCGAUUUUGUGAACUUGCUGGCCACGUACCCUACCAUAUGGACGGCCACCAGCAUGUGCAUGUGCUGCCAGAGGUGCGAGAGGUGUUCGCCCAAGUUCUCUCUGAUUUUGGGAUCACCUACACACGGGUCCCCAUAGAACCCGGUCUUACAUUUUGCACCUUCCUCCCGCCGCAUCUGCGAGACUUUAAUGCACAGGUUGAAAAAGAUGCCCUUGAAUCUAUCGAGGUCUUUCAUCGCUAUGGAAUUAGGUGGCCUGACAUAUACCUGGGCCUGAGCACUAUGGGUAAGAACAUGUCUGUCCCCAACCUGAAACGUGCUUUGGGCUUCACGCUGGAAGCUUCACUAGAUGACGGUUUGACCUCCUCGUUGAUACAGUCCAGUGAUGCCGCGACUGACUCCUAUCGUCCGGUUACAGCAGAGCUUAUGGUGCAUCCAGGAUAUCCAAGUCAGCCUCACCAGGGCGGAUGUGGAGAAGGACCGGAUGACUUCUCACAGUCUGCAGACCGACUACACGAGCUUAAUACUUUGAGGGACCCUUUUGUGCUUAACUACUACAGGCAACAGGGGAUCCACCUCUGUGCCUUUAAAGACUUUUAAACCCUUAGGUCAGAGUAUUUAAGGUUUGGCAAACUGAAUGUCUUCUGCUUUAAGGAAACAAGAUCUUGACCCAUACCUCAAUUAGUCAUAUUACAGUAUGAGUGCUUGGUUUGGGAAAGGCAGAAAAUCAGCAUUUGGUUUCAUUGUACUGCUUCCAGAGCCCAUACAAAACAUUUUUGAAGCUGCUACUUCAAGUAGAGCUAAACCAACUGAAUUAUACUAAUUCUUCAACAGAAACACAAGAUACUAUUAGAUUGACCUGUUUUUAAAUUGCUCAACUAGACAUUUAUUUUAAUUGUAAUUUUUUUUUUUAAAGCAGCUAGCCAUUUCAAUAUAGAGAACUGUGUCCUUAUAAUAGGAAAGUGCAAUUUUAUCUGGAUUUGUUUCUAAAAAUGUUGCCUCAUUUGAGCAAGUUUCUCUCAAAUCCACAUAUUAAUAUUGCAGAGAACUGUAAAAUCCAACAACAGUGCCAUAUUUAUGACUUUAACGUACUAGAUGAAGAUUUUAACUCAACUGAACAUGUAGCAAUUACUUUAUAUAUUUAAAAA